AAAAUAUCAGUGGGGUCAAUGGCGAAACUAAAGUAAUUUACACUAUGGAGGAAAGUCGGUAAAGAACCAGGUAAAGUCUUUUUAGAUGACGAUAAAUGCAGGUCAAAAUUUGCAGUCAAGGCCUAAGCUUAAAUAUUUAUUGAAUCAACAGCCUGUUUGUGAUUAUUGCAAGGAAUUCUGGGAUGAAACAACAGUACAAAGGUAUUCAGCAGGUUUAAGAGCUGAAUCAUCGUAGGAUUGGGAUCAGUGUUAUUAACUUAUUGAUAAGGGAAACAUAGUAUCCACAGUAAGCUUUGCUAGGGGAUACAUUUGCUUGAGAGAGCUGGCAUCUCUAUAAAGGGCCAGUUUUCCAAAUUGUGAAUGGAUUUUAGAUUUUUGAAGAAGUCAGUAUGGUAGCCAGAACAGUUGUGUUAUCGUAUUUUACAAUUGCAACGAUUUUAGCCAGCUCUCAACAUGGCUGGGCUGCAGACGAAGCACCCUCAUUCAUAAAGGAACCAAGUUCCCAAAUUGUAAAACGAAAUAGCCGUGUACGAUUAAAAUGCGAUUUUCGACCAAAAGACGCUAGAGUAUAUUGGACUUUCAAUGGAAAACCAUUAGAAAACACCUCAAAUGAGGAUAUAGAAUUUCGUCAUGGUCACCUGAUCAUCAAUUCGUUCAGGAGCAAAGGGGAGAACACGCAUGCCGGAAACUACCGGUGUUUUGUAGAGACGAGUAUAGGAAAAAUAGUCAGCAGAAUUGCGAAGUUACAAGUAGCAUAUAUGAAGAAAAUGAAAUUUAAACCAGAAGCACAGACCUCUAUGUACCUAGGAGGAACAGCUUUGAUUAAAUGCACCCCACCAGAUAGUAUGCCAAAAGCUAUUAUAGAAUUUCAUUAUAAUGGACAAACACUUCCAAAAUCUUCAGAUCAUUAUAGGGUCCUUCCCUCAGGUAAUCUUCAAAUUCACAACAUAACAGAAGAGGAUGUUGGUGUAUAUACAUGUUCAGCAUUCAACCCUGUCUCGGAAAAACGUCAAAAUGCAACCUCUGGGACGAUGCUUACAAUCAAAACAGAUACUGGUGAGCCACGGUCAAUUAUUUACGCUAGAGGAGCAUCAGUGAUUAUAGGAGAAAACGCCAUUUUAGAGUGUGUAUCUGAAAUGCCGGAAAUUCAAUGGUAUCGUAGAGAUAAGGACAUGACAUAUAAGGCCGAACAACUGUGGGGAAAUCUCGUCAUUGAGAAUGUCCGUAAACAUGACUUUGGGACGUAUACUUGCAUGUCAUAUUCUAAUGUCACCACACGUUCGGUCAUAGAACAGACGGUCUACCUAGAAGUCAAAUUCCGUCCAGCCAUCCGAAGCCCACCAAAAGAUACGUCUAUGGACCCUUUUAAGACCGUCUCUUUAAAAUGCAGCGUGGUUGGCGACGAGGAUGAGAUUAAAUGGCUAUUUAAUACAAUUCCCAUUGACCCACUAGACACCAACUAUAUUGCAAAUGGUCGCCAGUUAAAGAUACAAGAACUCUCUGUGGAACGUCUAGGAAUGUAUCAGUGUUACGUUGAGAACGAUCUGGGGUCAGCCCAGUCAUCUGCAGAGGUCAAGUUUUCACGUGGCUUUGAAUUGCCGUCCAUCAUAGAAAAACCCAUCAACAUGACUGCUAUCGAGGGGGAACAGAUCUUCUUUGUAUGCAGUAUAACUGGUCAACCAUUACCAUUUAUGAAGUGGUUGAAUCCGCACGAGGAGACUGUGAGGGGAGACUCGCGGUUCUAUAUUGACGGAGUACCCGAGACAGGUGGACUUUCCAUAAUAGACGUUCGACCUGAAGAUGCGGGCUGGUACACUUGUAUUGUGCAAAAUAUUGUUGGGAAGGUCUCAGCCAAGGCCUACCUGAAGGUCAUAAAAAUGAUGGUAGAAACACCGCCCACGCCUCGGACCACCAUACCAAUCAUACCACCGGAGGAAAUCCCUGUAAGCGACGACGCAAAGACAUCGCCAAAAAUCAUUGUACCUCACACCAUCAAAAAUGGUGCAGUUCCAAAUGCACCUGGAAAACCAGGCGUGGUUGAAAUUACAUCAUCGUCGGUGGAUAUUAAGUGGACGUAUGAAAAUAAUCCUGACGCCCCAGUCUCCGAAUUCUACAUUCAGAAAUUGACUGUAUUUGAGAAUACUGAAUGGCAAAACGUGACAGGAUCCAUCUCGGCUGAUAAGCGUAUUCAUCGAAUAGUUGAUCUUACACCAGGUAGUAUAUAUCGUUUUCGUACGAUUGCGACAAAUCAUUUUGGUUCAAGUCAACCGAGUUUGUCAUCGCACAGGUUUAAGCUCGAUGGUGGUGUUGAUGAAGUACUAGAGCCUGUAAUCAAACCGCAUAUUACACUUUGCAGUCCCGAAAGCACCACGUCCAUCAUUGUUGAAUGGACUUACAACAUGGAAGAAGAAACACAACCAGUCGAAGGGUUUUAUGUCAAGUAUCGCGCCGAUACUGAUGAUGAAUAUGAGACCAAGACCAUCUCUGGUACUGACACAAAGCGCUACAUCAUCAAGAAUCUUGAUCCCGAUAUGUUGUACGACAUCAAGAUACAGAGCUUCAAUAUUUAUGGUAAAGGCGAAUUUAGCAAUGUAAUGUCCGUAUCUACAGAUGAGCCUGUGAAUUACAAUGUGUUGCCCGAUUUUGAGAAACCUGUAUACAAGCCACCCGUCACGCCCAAGUCGCCAACUGAUGUACAGCCCGUUGUUGAAGAGCAGACUAAUACAGCUGAUAAAGAAGAAAUCUUGUAUAUAUGUAUUGGUGUUAUUCUUGGUGCCAUGGUGAUUAUCUUUAUUAUGUUUGCUGGCAUGUGUAUUUGGCGGUCACGACAACCAAAUGGAAAUGGGUUUGGUGCUAUGAAUUGGUCGAAUGGUUAUUAUGGAACGUCGCAAUACACGAAAGGUUCACAAGAUUUCAAUAACCGAGAAAUAAAUACGUGUCCUGCAUAUAAACAACACCCUAGAUAUGAUAGUGGGCAGUAUGGCACUCACAAUGGUCACAUAGAACCAAGGCCCCUGUACAUGAUGCCACAAGAUGCCGAAAUCCCAAUUGAUGUAUCUCAGUAUUUAUCUGCACAACCAAACGGAAUUUGUGGUGCAACAACGUUAGAGUUGAACAGUCAGCAAGGGAUGCUGGAACAUCGACAUCCGUCCUACGUCCGUCCAGUUAAACGUGAAGACCUUCGAUUUACUCCGAAUGGAAUUGUUUGUAGAUCUACGCAUCCGUACACCAGCAACGGCAACGUUCAUCAUCAAAGCAACGGUGAUGUGCGUAGUAACAGAGAUAUGCGAUUUCAUAGCAAUGGUGAUAUCCAUUGUCGACCUAGCAAUGAUGAGGGCAGCAAACAUAUGGCCCAAAAGACUUCCCAUAAUUCAUUGGCACAUGGCAGUAUAGCAGAAGAUGGCCAACCUGAAACAACGCCAAGAAUUGCGCAACAGCGACCGAUGAGAAACAGCAUUGGCGAAACAUCCAAUGAGGACACUGGCAUGUCCAGGUCUCGUUCAUCAUCUGCCAGUUCUAGCCAUUCAACACACAGUGUCGUUGAGUCGGAUGUAUAG